AUGAAUAAGAAUUUGUGUGAAAAGUUUAUGAGUAUAUGGGAGUUUUUUCCCGAUAAAUUGACCGAUGAUAAACAGUAUGAUUUUAAAAAAGAUAAUUUCUUAGAUAGUUAUUGUGGUAGUUAUAGUUGUGAUGGUGAUAUCGAAAAAAUUAAUGCCGGAUUUUUUUAUUUGUUUAAUCAAUUCUUUGGGAGUUCUGAGUCAUCGUAUUAUGCGCAAAAUAAUAUAAAUAUUGUUGAUUACAUUAUGCUAUGGGUAAGUUAUAUGUUAAAUCUAAAGGAAACAGAAUUUAACAACGGUUUAAAAUAUUUUUAUACUACAAAUAUAAAUACUGGUAAGUAUAAAAAUUCUAUAGCCAAUUUUACAGAGCAUAAAAGUUAUAAGGAUCUUAUAGAUCAAAGAAAUUAUUUUAUGGGUAUGGAUAGAAAUAUUAUAUCUGAUUUUUAUGAAGCAUUUAAAUUAUUAUGUGAAAUGUAUACUAUUGAUGAAAGAAACUUACAUUCCACAAAAUGUUCAGAAAAUGCUAAUAAAUUUGUUAGUAAAUAUAAAGAAAUGAAUAAAAAUUCUAAUAUUACUAGUAAUAGUUCCUGUAAACAACUAUUGUCUACUUUAUUAGAUGAUUAUAAUAAAUUUAAAAAUUAUUGUAAUAGUAAAGGUGGUAAUUGUAAAAACUAUCCAGAGCUUCCAACGAUAGAAGAAAUACAAGCUUCUGCACAAAAAACUGUACAAAUUUCUGAAGAUACAUCAUCAAGUUCGUCGAUAACAACCAGAUUAUUUACAGUUUUAUCGAUAUUUGGUGCAAUAGCAUUUUUUUUAGGAAUUUCUUAUAAGUAUUCGCUAUUUGGAUUUCGGAAACGAUUUCAAAAACAAAAAUUAAGAGAAAAAAUAAAAAAUAUAAAGAAGAGAAUGAAUCAAUAA